CAUGCUGGCGGGUAGACGGGCACAGAGCUUAGACUGUACGCGAAAUGGCGGGAACUUUUCGAUAAUUUUCGUAUUCUAAGACGCUAAAACAUAUCAUUGAACUUUUACUUUAUGAAAGUGUAAAAUACAAUUGAGAGGAAAUUCAAAAAGUGACUCUUCCCGAGAUAACUUUCAAAUAUUAUAGAGCAAGGAAAUAUGAAGAACGAAGUGCCAAUUCAAAUAUGUUAAACGAUAUUAGUCGACGAUGAAACAAAUUAAUAAUGGAAAUCUUUUACGAAAAUAUGUCGUAAUAAGUUCCAAUGUCGGGCCAUGAAGUAAGCGUGUCGUAGACAAUGCACAGACUCGUGGGUACGGCUGCAGUGUCUGCCCUACUGCAAAUACUUCUAUAUUUUGCAGCCGUGACUGGCGUCAGCUGGGAGGAAUGGUGGACCUAUGACGGUAUUUCAGGUCCCGCUUUCUGGGGAUUAAUCAAUCCAGAAUGGUCACUGUGCAACAAAGGCCGGAGACAGUCUCCAGUCAACUUGGAGCCCGAGAAACUACUGUUCGACCCCAAUCUUCGAUUUUUACAUAUAGAUAAACACAGGAUAAACGGAUUAAUUAGCAACACAGGACACUCCGUGAUCUUCACCGUCGAAAACGAGACCCGGCACCACAUCAAUAUCACGGGAGGUCCGCUAUCCUACAAGUAUCAAUUUCACGAGAUCCACAUACAUUAUGGAUUGCACGAUCAAUUUGGUUCCGAGCACGCUAUCAAUGGAUACUCUUUCCCGGCAGAGAUUCAAAUUUUCGGUUUUAAUUCUCAACUUUAUUCGAACUUUUCCGAAGCAUUGCAUAAAGCUCAAGGAAUCGUUUCCAUAUCAUUACUGCUCCAGCUAGGAGAUUUAUCAAAUCCGGAACUAAGGGUGCUGACUGAAGAACUUGAGAACAUAAAGUACGGUGGUGCUGAAAUGCCGGUAAACAAACUAUCCGUACGUGGUCUGCUUCCCGAUACGGACUACUACAUGACGUAUGAUGGUUCAACCACGGCGCCUGCGUGCUUUGAAACCGUCACCUGGAUUAUUGUCAACAAACCAAUUUACAUCACUAAACAACAGCUCCACGGGCUGCGGAGGUUGAUGCAGGGCGACGCGAAGCACCCGAAGGCACCCCUCGGCAACAACUUCAGACCACCCCAGCCCCUGCACCACAGGGCUGUUCGAACUAACAUUGACUUUGACUUAAACAAGUAUCCUGGAAAAACAUGCCCCAGCAUGCAAAGAAAUAUGCAUUACAAAGCUAAAAGCUGGACCCAGUACUGAAGAGAUAACUUCGAUAGCCUUUCAUCUAUGUAAACAUAAACAUAGUUUGUAGGCUAUGUAUAUAAUUCUUGUACAUAUAUUUUAAUCUCGCUUAUGUACUUAAUGUAUUCUAAGCUACGUACUAUUGACUGUAACAUAUCCUGACAUACAUAUGCGAGUAUAUUAUUAUCUAGUGCUCAGAAUUGGUAAGACAUUAUUUUAUAGCUUUUAGAUAAAAUUAGGCGUCUAGGACAGAUCGUCUGGUUCAACUUUUAACGGCCUCGAAACUAAGUAGAACAUACAUAGAUAUUUUCGGAUAGAUUAUUGUGUGAUUUUAGUAAUAUCGCCAUUAGAAUGAUAACUAUAAUAAAAGAAAUAGUGUAAUUGUAAAAUUCUAUUUAGAAAAUUGAAAUAUAAAAAUAAGUUAUUUCCUUAUGAAUGAAACUAGGAAAAAGUUAGGCAGACUUUUCAGUGUACAUGUAUAAAAAAAAAUUCGUUUCUAUUCUUAAUAGUCACUAUUAAAUCAUUGGUUGUAAUAAAAAUCAAUGUCAUAUCAAUUAAUGAAAAUGUGAAUUUAAUUACUGUCGUUAAGACUCUUAGAGUUAUAACGAUCAUUACUAAUAAUCGUUGCUAGAAAACAUCGAUAGCUUUAAAUAUAUUAUUCUAUAAUGAACGACUUGAGGAUUAUCUUAUGAGAUCUGUGUGUAUCGCCUGGCUUUUAUGUAAAAUCAUUCUAGAAA